AUGAUAGACCAACAGAUCCCAGAAGGCUUCCUGAGAUCCCCAGCCACAAACGCAACCCUCCACAAACUCGAUUUCGAGCACACAACCCCGCCAAUACCUUCAUACAAAGGUCACUUUGCUGCCAUAGUGGACAAUCUCUUGACUGAAUCAGAAUGCAAAGAGCUUCUCCGUUUAGCAGAACAAUCAACAAGAACUCCACUGCCAGAUGCCACCCUCUCGGACCCCGCAUGGGAACACGCAAUGAUCAAUGCCGGCGGCGGUAGACAAGUGAUGUCUGUCGACUCGCGCAAGAGCGGACGGAUUAUAUUAGAUUCCCACGAUCUGGCAGGCAGAAUCCUGGAUCGACUUAUGCCUUUUAUGCGUGAAUGCGAACUCGACCGCGUUCAGAGCAGACCACUGGUCACGGGUCUUGGGCCAGCAAAACGGGGCGAAGUGCUCCGUCUCAGCCGGUUGAAUGAGCGUCUUCGGUUCCUGCGGUAUGAGGGUGGAGAUUACUUCCGGCCUCAUUGGGAUGGGUGUUUUACUACGCCCGAUGGGCUGGAGAAGUCACUUUAUACUAUUCAGAUUUAUUUGAAUGGAGAUGGGGAGCAGGAUAUGACGGAGCUAAAGCCUCACAUUGAGCGGAUGGAGAAGACGAAGUAUUUGUUUGCAAAUAAUGGAGAGAUCGAUCUUGCUGCGGUCGGGUUAGAGGAGGAGCAAACUGGUGAUGGGAGUUCAGGUUCGGCUGCAGAGUCACAGCAGAGUGGUGAGACUCUGCUAGGUGGUGCAACAUCCUUCAUGGCUGGGCUCAACUCCAAGGAAUCGGUUCGGAUCUUUCCAAAGACAGGAUCUGUUCUCAUCUUCCAGCAGAGGAACUUGUUCCAUUGUGGAGAUGAUGUGUUUAGAGGUGUGAAAUAUACCCUACGGACGGAUGUCCUGUAUGCUGCCGAGUAG